AUGGAGCGGCAGGGAUCUGGCCGCUUGCUGACACGCGUGCCAUGGCAGAGCAGGGAGAGCGUGGAGGUGGUGGCGCUGGACCUUUGGCGCUCGCCAUCGCGCCCGCUCGAAGACGCCCAGGCACACAGCUUUCGCCAGCAAAAGUGGGCGCGACGCAGCAUCAAGGCGCUCCAGUCCCCAGGCAGCAACUUCUGUCCCACUACCCCAGAGGAGUACACAAUCGCAGAUCAGGCAAUGGCGCGCCCGCUCUCUUCGCCAACCACAUCCGCAUUCUCCUCCUCUGCGCACAUUCACCUGCCCAGCCUGACAGAAACGGAAUCUGGUGAGCAGUCCCCGCGCACUGCAGGCGCCGGCAGCCAGCAGCACGGCGGUCAACAACCACCUGCGCACCAACACACCUCCGUCCACACCCAACAGCACCAGCAGCAGCAACACCAUCACCUGUUCCGGCGCCGCGUCAUGCAAGGCCGGCACGGCAACAUCCACUCAGAGACAGCCGGGAUGCGCCAAUUCACCACCCGCCAUCACGCUGCGGACCACGCCACAGCUCGUGUGGGCAGUGGCGGCGGUAAGCUGGGCAUGCUCCGCCAGCGAUCAGAUCAGGAUCUGCUGCACUUGCGCGCGCAGGGCCCGCCAGGCUCCGCGUCCACGUAUGCAGCGGCACAUCGGCGCAUAUCGGCGCCUCUCAUGGGAUCGACGCCGGCCACAGAUGUGCGCCGGUUGCGGCAGAGCGCGGUGUCGUCUGCAUCCCCGCGCAAGUCGUUCACCCGGCGCACAUCCAUGUGGGCGCUGGAAAACAGCGACGAGGACAUGGAGGAGGUGGACGCCGUGCUGAGCGACCCGUCGCUGGAUGCGGCGGCAGAUGUGGAGAUGGCGCGCCUGACGGUGGCCAUGAAUGCCCGCCGUGGACUCAUCCGCACCAGAUCCAACGCAGGUGAUCGUGGCACCAUCCCUUAUGACAGCGACAGCAACAGCGACAACGACAAUGACAACAGCGGCGGCAGUGAUGUGGCCGGCAGCACAGCAGGGCUGCAUAUUGGUCGUCAGAACAGCAGCGGCGGGAGCGGCGGUGUUGCCCUCGUGGAGGUAGAAGAGGCGCCAGAGACACCCGAGCAUGCCAGUGGGCGAAGCAGCUCCGGUGGCGAUGGCGGAGGAGAGGCGAAAUGUGGCGAUGAGGCACACGACCAGGUGUCUGAACUGCAGAAUCUCUCCCGACCAUCGUCGUCAUCACGACCGAGAAGUGGACGCCGUCCGCGCCCGAAAUCGGGGCUGCGGCGCAACCAACCUGGUCACGGCAAUUCGAAUGGCGGUGCGAAUGGCAGCGGUAGCAACGCCAGCACUGGCGGUGGUGGGGAUGUGUUUACCGAUGCGGGCCGUGAUGGUGGUGCUGGUGGGAGGAAUGAGCACACGCGUGCUGAAGACGUUGUGCCGCGCAAGUGCGAUGGUGGCAUCGACCGUGGCCAUUACGAUAACGACGACGACGACGGCGACGACGACGACGACGAUGAGGACAGCAUCAUUAUGAGCCGCACCAGCAGCAUCCGCUCUGUUCGUUCCUUCCGCCAAGGGUCGUUCACGAGUGCCUUCAGGGCCAACGCCAACGCCAACGCCAACACCAACAUGAACAGCGGUAACCGUGAGAGCUCUGCAACAAUGCGUCGACGCCUGUCAUCGAGCAAGCUGGGGCGUGUUGCGAGCGGCAGGCGGGCGUCGCGUCUGUCCACGAGCAGUGUUGGCUCGCGCGCCAUGACGGAGAUGAGGGAAGGGUCGUCUGGCCUGGACAGCGAGCUCUCGCUUGCAUCAUCGUCAGCGUCACGCAUGGGCCUGCUCCGCAACCACGCUGCCAUCAAGAUGUACCGGCAGCUGUGUCGGGGGCUUGACUGCGUGCCCUCGUCUGCGUUUGAGCGCGUCAUAUCCGAUGCGAGCGUGGUCGUGCGGGCACAGGGCAUUCAGGACGACGGCGCAACGGCAAUUGCACAGGCGCUGGAGUGUGUCGACACAUGCGAGCACCUUGCUCUCCCUGAGAAUCUCAUCACCGCUGACGGUGCGACGGCACUCGCAGCGCUUCUGGAAGAGAACAUGUACAUACGCUCGCUCGAUCUCUCGACCAACGACAUUCGCAGCCGCGGUCUUGAGGCGCUCGCACACGCCAUCAAGAAUGGGGCGGGUCUGAAGUCUCUCCGUCUUGACAGCAACAAUUUCCUUGACGUUGACAUGUCGCCAUUGUGCAAUGCGCUUUUGGACAACGACACACUCGCCGAGCUCUCCUUGUCGAACAACCGCCUUGGAAAUGCCGCGGCGGUGCAACUGGGGCGCAUGUUGGCAAACAACACAGGCCUCAGCACCCUUGAUCUGUCGUGGAAUUGCAUCCAAGACGCCGGCAUCCGCGCAAUUGCGCAAUCACUGGAGGCGAACGUGUCGCUGACGAAACUCAACCUUCAAGGCAAUGGCAUUUACAACGCAGGCGCCGCAGCCCUCGCACUUGCCAUCAAAAACAACACCACCCUCACUUCCCUUGAUCUCUCACACAACAACAUUCGAGACGAGGGCGCAGAGCUGCUGGCGUCUGCACUCAAGUCCGCACCGGGACUGGAACACAUCUCGCUCGCGCUCAACCCAAUCAGCGCGAAGGGGCUGAAGGCGGUGCUGUAUGCGAUUGCGGAGAACAGCACCAUCCGCUCGCUGGACAUUGGCGGUCUCGAGAUGGACGAGGAGUGCAGACAGAUCCUCAACACCAUUCAGUCUGCGCGCGAGCUCAGCACCACCACUGCUGUGCCGUCGACCGCUGUUGCGAGCCAGCGGCCCUCGUGUGCGUCGGAGGUGGACGCACUCCGCCCAACGCUUAUCGCACUCAAGCGUCGAUUUUCAUCAACGGCAUCCAUCAUGUCCUCUCGUCGCCGCCAGUCAAUCGCCGCCCAGAACGUCUUUGUCCGCACGCCACUGGUGCCGUACGACAAGAAGUGGUCGCGGCAGACGGCGUGGGAGAACGGAUACAACGCCGACGGCACUGCGCGCAUCGACGACGCGUGGCUCUCUGGUCGUGACGAGUUUGACCCGUCCUGGAAUGCCAUCGAGGCCUGGGAACGCGGAUACCACACGGACGGUUCCCGCCGUAGUUCGUCCACGCGAAAGGCGCGACGCUACUCGCGCAUGAAUCUCAUCAGCGAGGUGGCGGACAUCCGGUCGCUGUUUGAGGAGCACAACGAAGGCGUCGAUGCAAGGGACAAACGCUCGUACCUCCUCUUUGAGCAGCGCGCAUCCACCACGUUCCGGUCGAUGUAUCCUGAGCUGGAUGAUCCGAUGGAGGUGCUCGAUGACUAUGUGCUCGACAACAAUCUCCGCCUCACUGACCUCUUCUUCAGGAUUGACAAGGACCGCAGCGGGAAAAUAUCUGUGGAUGAGAUGGUUCACGCAGUUGCAGAGCUUGGGCUCCGAUUGAAUGAAAUUCAGGCUGAAGAAAUGGUCUUUCGUUUGGAUCUGGACGGCGACGGAGAGGUUGACUAUCACGAGUUUGUGGAGGCGCGAGAGGCGUUGUAUGAGGAGAAGCGCGGAUACAGGCGGCCCCAUCUCUCCGACAGCAGUGAUGAUGACGACGACGAAGAGGAGGAAUGA